AUGGUCCUCUUCAACGCAUUCUGCGCAGAUUCCCACCUUGAGAGAAUUCAGAAGCGGAUCGGAACAUCGAGGGUGAGCUGCUUCAACCGCGAAGAUCUCGACAUGGCAUCAUUAUCCCUCGACCUUGUCCAGACCUUGAACAUGUCCGACUGUGAGCGGUCAUACUGGGAGUUGCUCGUAUGCACAAUCACCCAUGCGUAUGACCGCCCACCAGAGACAUAUCAAACCUUUGUUAUGCUCUACAACACACCAUCCAAGUGGACUCAUGAUGAGUUCCAAGCCUUCAUCGAUCCCAACAACAGUGUUGCGCAGAUUCUGCUGGCUCAUUUCAUCGCGGUCCAGGCUGUUCUUACACCCAUUCUCUACCUCGAAAGAGUGGGCUUUGAGGGCGUACAUGCCCCUACGGCCGUGCUGAGCUGGAUCGAAGGGAUAUACUGGAAUAUACCGUGUCGCAUGAGGCAUCAUGUGGAGUGGCCCAGACAAGUGUCGCGGUAUCCUUUCACGCGAUUCAUGGGACAGAAGGAAGUAAAAUAUUGCGAUGUAGACCCCCUUCUCAUUUGA